AGGACAGUAAUAGUUGGCAGAGAAACAGAGUACGCAGACCCAACAGAAAUGGCUUCUUCCGAUCAAUCUCUUCUUCACUUUGUUUUGCUUCCACGUCUCGCACAAGGCCACCAGAUUCCGAUAAUAGAUCUAGGCAGACUCUUGGCGCAGCGCGGGGUGGUUGUCACCAUCAUCACCACGCCAAUCAACGCUGCAAAAUUCAGAACAACCAUUGACAGAGCAGUAGAACCCGGGCUCUGGAUCAAUCUUCUGGAAGUUCCGUUUCCGCCUUCGGAGGCGGGGCUCCCGGAGAGAUGUGACAGCAUGGAUGCUCUCCCUCGCAAGAGACUGUUGGGCACCGCAAGUUCUGAUCCUAUCUCAUUCCGCGAUCGGAGGCUUCUUAACGCAUUAUGGAUGGAACUCAACUCUAGAAGCGGUUCCUCUAAGACGGGGGAACCGGAGAAGGCUGGCAUUGCCGCGAAGAGGGAAGAAGUGAAUGGGGCCGUAGAGCAAGUGAUGGCCGGCAGCGAGGAUGGAGAAGGUAGGAGAAAGAGGGCGAGAGAGCUCGGACACAUCGCGAACAAAGCAAUCGAAGAAGGAAAUUUUCUGGCUGAUAUUUUCACAGGAAAAAGAAAUGCAGAAAGCAAGAAAGCCCGAGUAAAUCAGACUACUUGGGCUGAGUGCUGAAAGCAGACCCAUUAAGUUUUUAGUUUUUACGCGGUCCAUCUGACGUUCCUAAAUGGAUGCCACAGCCCAAUUCAUGGUUUUGGACCAAUGGAAGAAAUUUUUUUUUAAUUC